GGCAACUGGCAGAAAGGAUAAUCAAAAAGGAUAAUCAAGGCAAUGGGUGCUUCACAAAUUCUCACUUUCACAUUCGGUGUGGACAGUGACCCUGGAUCCAUCCACGCCGAGUACAAAGUUGUAGCCUUUUGUAUCGAAGGCAAUAGACGUUUUAAGUAGGAUACUGUUAUGUCUGGCGUAUAAAGCCAAAGAUAUUCUCUCCGAGUUCUCCAACAUCUCUCGUCUUGAAGAAACGGUCCCCGGACCACGAUGCACUCCUUAUCGAUCACCUUAGUCUUUCUUUUUUUUACAUUAGUCCAAGAAGCGGUCGCCUCCGUGGCAUAUUGCAGCAAUCAUGACUUCGAAUCAGGAGCGUUAGGAGAGUCACCAUACCAGACCUAUCAUGCUGCCCCGUAUUUGCCCGUGCAGCUAAAUUAUGCCCUUCCGUCAGACGACUGUCCCGCUAACAGUCAGGUAGAGGGCUACUUCUUCUUCGCUCCAGAAGGACCUAUUGCUAUGCCUGGAGGAGGGCUAAUCAUGAACCCCAACGGCACUAUGGUCUAUAGUGCCUCAGCUUUUGAACCAUCCUUCCUCCGUGGGAUUCAGUCAUACAAUGGUUCGGACCACAUCACACUUUGGAUAGGUGACGGAUCUCCUGUUACGGGAGGACAUGGGAGUGGUUAUAACAUUCUCCUCGACAAUACUUAUGCGGUUGUGGCAAACUUCACUGUGGUUAACUUGGGCGUCGGCGCAGAUAUACAUGAGCUACAAAUUACAUCCAACAAUACUGCAGUCAUGACAGCUUACCCCACUCAAGCCGCAAAUUUGUCCGCAUACAAUGGUCCCUCCGAUGGCUAUGUCCUGAACUGCGCUGCACAGGAAGUGGACAUCUCGACUGGAAAAGCUCUAUUUACCUGGCAGCCAUUGAACCAUGUCGAUCCUAGUGAGUGCUAUGCGGCAAUAGGAGAAGCUGGGUCUGGCACGGCUGACGAUCCAUGGGACUACUUCCAUAUCAACUCUAUUCAAAAGAUUGACGAUGGCAAUUAUUUCAUCUCAUCUAGACACUGUCACACGCUGUACCUAGUGAACCCUGCUGGAGAUAUCCUUUGGAGAAUGGGAGGAAUGAAAUCAGAUUUCUCCUUUGGACAAGGCGCAAAUUUCAGUUGGCAGCAUCACGCAAGAAUGCACGACGACUCUACCACUAUCUCGUUGUUCAAUAAUGGUGCUUCUGAAUAUGAUCAGGACUUCCCAUACUCACAAGGCUUGCUGAUUAACUUCGACGAGGCUUCCAGGACGGUCACUUUGAACAAUGCAAGAAGUCCAUUUAAUCGCACGGUGACGACUGCACAAGGUUCUGUGCAACUCCUUGAAAAUGGGGUUUCGUUCGUUGGCUGGGGCGCGAUGCCAUACUUUUCCCAACACGAUGCAUCUGGGAACAUUAUGUGGUCUGCUCAAUUUGCCCCCAGCGAGAACGAGGUCUCAGCUUACCGCAUAUUCUUGCACGACUGGGUCGCCCGACCGAUUACCCCACCCUCCAUGUCUAUCGCCAGUUCCUCCAACUCAACCAAUGUGGUCGUCUAUGCUUGGUGGAACGGCGCAACGGAAGUAACGGCCUGGAAACUUAUGGGUUCAACGGAUUCGAUGCCUUUGGCGGCGGAGGCUUUGAACGUUGUUGAUAAGGUCGAUUUCGAGACCACACUGACAUACACUGGUAUACGCCAUUACACGUUCUUCCAGGUAGCUGCUUUGAAUGCGAGAGGGGAAAUUCUGGAGUAUUCGGGCUUCACUGCGUUGAAUGGGACUUCUUUCGCAAAGGCGGAUAAUCAAACGGCUACUGCUUCGCCUCUAAACUAGGUAGAUCAUGACAGCGAGUUAUAGAUUCUUCGCAUUAAUACACCGAUACAUAUCUAAUUAACAUCCACGUAUGCAUAGUUGUCCAGUGGCGACGCAAUGUGUAUUUUUUUCUAUCGAUACACAUUCUCUAAGGUU